GGAAGCCCGGCCGCUGCGGGAAGAUUCUCUAUUCCCGGACGACGAAGCGAGUCUGGUGUUGCGGAAGUUGGCGAAGCAGCAAGUAGCGGAAGUUGCAGGCGGGGAGGACUUCUAUUCCGGGGGCUCAUCUGAAGCUGCUGCUGUAUCCGACGUCGUCAGGACGCAGGUGGACUUGGCGAAGCAGAAAAGGGAGCAUGAGGAGGAGAAAAUGAAGAAGAAGAAAAGAAGGCUGCAAAGCGGAGGUUUUCAUCAACAAGCAGCAGAAUCAGACGCAGAGAACAAGCGUCUUCUCUCCACGUCCCAGGUGAUGCUCAGUGUCGAGUACGAUAUGACCAUUUCUCGCAACUCCGUCGGCCAGUCCGACAGCAUUGCUGAGCCGGACGCGCUGUAUACGAGAGACAAAGACGCGUUCUUGAAGGCGCAGGACGAGUCCUUCUCCGUUUCCUCACUGGUGAACAUCGCUGAGGCGAUAAGUUCAGAAAUCAACUCGAAACUCCAGACGUUUGGCUCGUUAAUCGUCUCUGAGUUAACCACAGCAAUCGCCGCGGACCCGGUGUUAUCCGCGAGUGCGGAUGCCUUUGCGAUCGGUUUUGCGGAUGUGAAGGUGAUGGAUUUGGUGCAGACGACCGAUACCGGGGAGUCUUUAGCGCUGGCGGUUUUUCCGGAGGGAUUUACAUUGACGUCGACGACCACAACGACAACCACGACGACGUCGACGACCACAACUUAUGUCGGGGGAAAUCUUGUUUCUGUUUGCACUCUGUUGCAGUAGACGAGUUAAGUUGCAAUGUUACCACACUAAAUCAACGCGUCAAUCUUUGUAUGUUUCCGUGAUGAUGUCCAUGCUUUUGCUUCUGCAUUAGAAGACAUUGCAUAAAAAUUGCAAAUUGAUAUUCGCUGCUACUCUUUACUCUACCUGAUUUCACCGCUUCCAUACCCGAACCACGACCUUCACAAGUUGGCCGGACGUGAUCGACGAAUUUGCGAAAAUUCGGAUUCCGCACUUCAAGAUGGUCGGAUUCGUGGGGGAGGUUGUCGGCCCUGGCGGAGAUUUGGAUGCCAUUUCUGGUGGUGCGCAACAAAAUACGACACAAGCGACCGGAUCGUCUGCCUAUUCCUCCUCAAUCUCCGGCGCGACGCAGGCAACACAGA